UCCUUUUUUCUCUUUCGUAAUAAAUAAUUAUAUACUAUAUAUAUUCAAUUCAAUUCAAUUCAUCACCCCUACCUGGGUGAAUUUCAUUACUACACACACACACACACACACACAGUUUUUCAGCUCAAUUUUUUUUUUUUUAUAAAAAAAUAUUGUUCAAAUUAAUCGGUAAAAAAUAAAAAAUAAAAAAUGAAAGGCGGUUCAAAAGUAGAAGGUGGAACAACAACAUCAACGUCAUCAUCAUCAGCAUCAGCAACAGCAACAAAUGAUAAUAAUAAGAAUAUAUCAGGAGCAGCUGCAAUUCAAAACAGAAGAGAUCCAUAUGAAGUUUUGAAUGUUUCAAGAGAUGCUUCUGAUCAAGAUAUUAAAUCUGCUUACAGAAAACUUGCUCUCAAGUAUCAUCCUGACAAAAAUGCUAGUAAUCCUGAAGCCUCGGAGCUAUUCAAGGAAGUUGCUUAUUCAUACAGCAUUUUAUCUGACCCGGAAAAAAGAAGGCAGUAUGAUAAUUCAGGCUUUGAGGCUCUUGAUGCUGAUGGAUUGGACAUGGAGAUUGAUUUAUCAAACUUAGGAACCGUGAAUACUAUGUUUGCAGCAUUAUUCAGUAAGCUUGGAGUUCCUAUCAAGACAACAAUUUCAGCGAAUGUUCUUGAGGAAGCAUUAAAUGGAACAGUCACAGUCAGGCCCCUUCCAAUAGGAGCAUCAGUUAGUGGAAAGGUAGAGAAACAAUGUGCUCAUUUUUUUGGUGUUACGAUAAGUGAGGAACAAGCUCAAUCAGGGAUUGUUGUUAGAGUUACUUCAGCUGCACAAAGCAAAUUUAAGCUACUUUAUUUUGAGCAAGACAAUGGUGGGGGCUAUAGCCUGGCAUUACAGGAAGAUAGUGAGAAAACUGGUAAGAUGACUUCCGCAGGGAUGUACUUCUUGCAUUUUCAAGUAUACAGAAUGGAUUCAACUGUUAAUGCUUUUGCAAUGGCUAAGGACCCUGAAGCUGCAUUCUUUAAAAGGUUAGAAGGUCUUCAACCGUGCGAGGUCUCUGAACUAAAAUCUGGCACUCACAUAUUUGCGGUCUAUGGAGAUAAUUUUUUCAAAACAGCAUCGUAUACAAUAGAAGCUGUUUGUGCCACCACAUAUGAGGAUACAACCCAUAAGCUCAAGGAUAUUGAGCAGCAGAUUUUGAGAAAGAGAACCGAGCUACGUCAAUUUGAGACAGAAUACCGACAGGCUGUAGCACGAUUCAAAGAAGUGACAGACAGAUACAGCCUGGAAAAGCAGAAUGUGGAAGAACUUUUAAAACAAAGAGAUAGUAUCCAAUCAUCGUUCACUGUAGGCAGGUCAGUGGUGGUAGGUAGUGGGAGUAACUCUCAAGUUAGUAAUGGAGGAGGCCACACCAAAGUUCCUGGCGGUGAAGGUGAAACCAGCAACAGUCCAAAUGAAGAAGGAGCCUCUGAUGCCAAAUCCAAGAGGAAAUGGUUCAAUCUUAACCUCAAAGGUUCAUCUGAUAAAAAGUAACACUUAAUCACCUCCUUUGUGGGUUCAAAAACCUGUGCUUCGGUCGGUUACAUAACUGUGUUAUUUGUUGAAUCUUAUUUGGUUGUCCUAAUUCAUGGUUUUUCUUCUUUACAUAGAGGUUAUAUUCAUGUUCAUAAUGGCUUGUUGUUAAUUAGAAUUCAAUAUUGUUUAAACAUUCUAUUUGGAUCUUUUAGUAUACUCAACAUGUCAUAUUAAUUGAUUAUUUUUUAGUGAAAGGAUCGAUUCUUUAUCA